AUGGGGCCCGCUGGAGGCAAGACGGACGGCACGGUGGCCGGCUACCACUACUUCCAGUGUGAGCCUAAGCACGGCGUGUUCUCGCGGCUGACGCGGCUGACUCGCGAGUCGCUGGGUACGCCGGAGCGAGACGCCGACUCGGCCGAGCGCGCGCUGAGCGGCUCGCGGCGCACGUCCCGCAGCUCCCCAGCCAAGCAGCUGCCGGCGGCGGCAGGGGAGCGACCGGCCGCCGCGUUGCGUGUCGGCGACCGGGUGGCGGUGGCGAGCAGCGCUGGCCGCCGGCUCGGCACGCUCCGCUUCCUGGGUCCCACCGGCUUCGCCGACGGCCAGUGGGCCGGCGUCCAGCUGGAUGAGGCCCGCGGCAGGAACGACGGCAGCGUGGCCGGCACCAGGUACUUCGAGUGCCCGCCCAGCCACGGCCUAAUGGCGCCGGUGCAUAAGGUGACCCGUCUGGCGCCGCGGCCCGGCGACCCGGGUCGGCGCGGCUCCCACCCGGGCUUCGUGCGUCACGACCCGGCCCCGACGAGGACGGAUUCUUCUAGCUGA